GCACAAUUCGCCUCCAUCAUAUCAAUUCACCAGCAACAAUUUACUCAAUCUUACUCCUGAGUUAUUCUUACUCGAGUAGCGACGGUAUUGACUUUUAUGGACACGACGUUAUGAUAUCGACUCGCAGCCCACCAUGGGCUCCAGACUAGAAAAGAAUUCCAACUUCGUGCGCAAGCGCAUCGAAAGUCACACCUUCAGCGAUGAGCAAGGCGAGGAAUAUGAGGGCUCCAAAUUCGGCGGUUUCGCCGACUAUAUGCGAAGGAAGAAGAUAAAACUGCAAAAUCUCGAUGCAGAACUUCGAUCAAACUCUGCCGAUAAACCCCCCAUAUUCCGUGGCGUGGUCGUCCAUGUCAAUGGCUAUACCCAACCUUCCUUGAGCGACCUACAUAACCUUAUUGUUAGCCAUGGAGGCGGAUUCUUACAAUAUCUGGACGGCAAGACUGCAGUCACCCACGUUGUUGCAAGUCAUCUGACACCUAAGAAGACCGUUGAGUUUGCGCGGUAUCGCAUUGUGAAACCGGCAUGGGUGGUUGACAGUGUGAAAGCUGGAAGACUCCUCCCCUGGAACGAAUACAGAUUGGUAGAUGAAGGUGUCACGCAGAAAGUACUGGGCUUCGAGAAUGGGCAGGUCGUCAGUCAGGCUAGCACUCAAAAGCAUGGGUAUCGCGAUCAAUCCGACACGAGUUGGUACACUUCUCAAUUACGGCAGCAAAAUGGAGCUAUCUCACGUCAAGAUGAAGAUCGCCAAGAAACACAGCCAGCCGAAGCGGACGCCGGUGCCGAUGACAUGCGAGACGACGAGCCAGUAGACUCCUUAGACGCAGAGUUGAACGAUACUCCUGAACAAUAUGAUGGUAAAGAUACUGCGGCUGUCACAGAGGAAAGACUCUCGCACGAGUCUGGGUUCGAAGAUCUACAGUCGAACAACAAUGACCCUGUGUGGUCUAUGGUGGUUGAAGAAGAGUCGCACGCUCAAGUUGACAGGACAGCUUCGCCUUCCGACCAGGCACAUAACGCCGAGAAACGCCAGUUGACAGCCGAAGAGCAUAAUGCUAUCUUACUCUCGAAUCCGCAUAUGGCCAAAUCCAGUACUGCGAAUCCAGAUUUCAUCAACCAGUAUUACCGAGAGUCGCGAUUGCACCAUCUCUCUACUUGGAAGGCUGAAUUGAAAGCACAAAUGCAGGCACGGGCCCAAGAGAAGGCAUCUUCCCAGAAGUCCAAGCUAUCACGCAGGCCUGGGGCGAGGAGGUACAUCAUGCACGUUGAUUUUGACAGUUUCUUCGCGGCAGUCUCUUUGCGCAAGCACCCUCAGCUUGCGGAUAAAGCAGUAGUCAUCGCUCAUGGCAGUGGUCCGGGUUCCGAGAUCGCAAGUUGCAACUACCCUGCCAGGACUUUCGGCAUCAAGAACGGCAUGUGGAUGAAAACGGCACUAGGCCUAUGCUCCGAUAUAAAGGUGUUACCAUACGACUACAAGGCCUACGAAGAGGCCAGCCGGCAGUUCUACGAUUCGAUUCUGGCCAUUGAUGGGAUUGUGCAAAGUAUCAGCAUUGACGAAGCACUUGUUGACAUAAGCGAUCAGUGCAUCAAAGCUGGUGGAUCUGAUGGCAGAGCUAUCUCGGAAGGAUCGCUAUAUCGCGAACAAGAUAUCGCUCAACACAUUGCUGAAGCGCUGCGUGCUUCUGUGAAAGAAAAGACUGGAUGUGACGUCUCCGUCGGAAUUGGAGGCAACAUCCUUCUGGCCAAAGUAGCUUUGCGGAAAGCCAAACCAGCCGGGCAGCAUCUGAUUAAGCCGGAAGAAGUUCUCGACUUUCUAGGCGACCUGACUGUUACCGAGCUUCCAGGUGUCGCUUGGAGUAUAGGCAACAAAUUGGAAGAAAUUGGCAUCAAAUAUGUCAAGGAUAUCCGAGCUUGUACUAAAGAGCGGCUGAUCAAUACUCUGGGCCCCAAAACCGGCGAAAAACUGUGGGAUUAUUCCAGAGGCUUUGAUAAGCAAGAAGUUGGCGACCAAGUGGUGCGCAAGUCUGUGUCUGCUGAAAUCAACUGGGGCAUUCGUUUCAUCAAUCAGCAGCAGGCAGAAGAGUUCGUGCAGAGUCUUUGUGACGAGCUGUCCAAACGGCUACUCGAGCAGCUGGUCAAAGGAAAGCAGCUAACGAUGAAGAUAAUGCGUAAAGCAGCCGAUGCAGGGAUGGAUCCUCCGAAGAACCUGGGCCAUGGCAAGUGCGACACCUUCAACAAAAGCGUGGUACUUGGAGUUGCCACGAAUGAUGGAGCGAUUAUCGGGAAAGAAGCCAUCUCCAUCUUACGCAGCUAUGGCUUUCCACCUGGUGAACUUCGAGGUCUGGGCGUUCAGAUGCAGAAACUCGAACCGUUAAAACCACUGAUUGCAAGCAAUACCGGGUUGUUAGAGAGCAGCCAACGGCGAUUGCAGUUCAAGAAGCCCUUUGCUGUGUCCGAACUCCCCGAACAACCGCGGCCUCCAGCAGGCUUGCAUUCUCCAAAGUUGAAGACUAUAGAGGAUUCUAUCGAAGAAGUACCAACUCCGGAGAAAGCCAAACAGGAGACCAUUCCGAGCGCUCUAGAAAGCGCCCAGGAUGACGACCUGUCAGAUCAGAAGCUCCUCAAUGUGAGUGGAACACAGUUCAUUCUUCCUUCGCAGAUCGACCCGACUGUGCUGGCCGAGCUUCCAGCCGAUAUCCGGUCGAAACUUGCGCCAAAACAAAAGACGAUUUUAAACAGUAUCAACCGUGCAACACGCACAGAUACGCCUCCUGCUGAUCCACUAUCCCGAUCAGCGUCCCCGUUCCCGAACGAGGUAGAAAAUGCUUUGCCACGUGAGAGUCAGCUAGAUCCAGAGGCGCUUGCUGCUCUUCCGCCGGAGUUGAGGGAUGAGGUCCUUGCGCAAUACAAGGCACAAGAGACUGCAGAUAGGAAGCCACGGACACUGACCUACUCGCCACAAAAGCCCAGAUCCUACACCACAUCAAGGAGAACACCGGCUACUCCGACCAAAAAGCAGAAAACUACAAGCCUCUUUGGCAAAGGUCGCUUCAAAAACGCUUCAUCUUCCACAUUAACACAGUCCAAUUUUGUGUCUUUGGCCAAGCCAGUCGUUGGCCAAGGCGGAGAAAACCUAAACGACGCUGAAGAGAUAUCGGAGUCUUUCCUGAACGAACUGCCAGAAGACAUCAGGCUUGAAAUCAUGGCAGAGCAGAAAAGGAACAGGAUGAAGGCACGAUCGGGCCUCAAUUAUGAGAGCGUUAGGAAGAAGAUCAAGCCGUCUAACCAAAACGAGUCAACCACAGGUGGUCAACAAAGGUUGCAGCUCACAAGGCCACCAGAGAAGCCUACCUUUACGUCUCAAAGACUAAGUUCUCUUCCAGAGCUGCGCGACGCCACUUCCGCCUGGGUCAGGGAGUUCUCCUCAGAUGGCGAAGGUCCGGAUCAAGAGGAUGCCCAUGCUCUGUCAGAAUAUCUCAGCAAAGUUGUCACCGUUGAGAGGGACAUGGCUAAGGCUGUUGCCGUGGUCAACUGGCUUGGUUUAGUGAUAGAAUAUGAGAACUUCCCGAGCGAAUUGGUUCGUGGCUCGUGGGAAAGUGCUUUAUCUGUUCUCAAGCGAGAUGUGCAGCUGGCCGUCCAAGAGAGGGGACUGCCUCCUGUUGUAUUCGAUUGUUGAGCAAGAUAUAGCUCGCUCUGUGGCUCGGUAGGUAGUUUCAAACUGGUAAUGAUGCCAAUUUGGAUUUGCUACGUUGCACCUUCCACUAUCUUGAAUGACGCUGGGCAAGUGCAACUUGCGUUCACCUUUCCCUUCCACGCUCUCUCCCCUUCUGGCUUCC